CAGUGUCCGAUCAGAAGAUACAAGUAUAGAGGAGAGGAGCGGAAGGAAAACGGAGCUCCUGUUCGUCCCCCCGCUUCAGCACCGCAGGGAGGAGACACGCAGAGGAGGAAAGAUUCCCCUAAACGCAGUGAGAGCGUCGGAUGAGGAGAAGAGGAGAGCGGAGGGCAUUGGAUAGGUAACAACAAGGAUGGCAGCUCCAGACUUAUUGGACCCUAAAUCCGCCACUCACAACACCAAGCCCCGCCUCUCCUUCUCCACAAAGCCAAUCACACUGACUCCCCGGGAGGAGAGUGAGGUGGUUGCCACAGUGAUGAAAUGGAAGACGGUGUCAGCCAUCUUUCUUUUGGUGGUUCUGUACCUGGUGAUUGGAGCAGCAGUCUUCAGAUCCCUGGAGCAGCCUCAUGAGAGCGCCCAGCGUUUGGCCAUCCUGUCCCAGAAGCUGGAGUUCCUGUCCAGACACUCCUGUGUCAACCAGACCCAGCUGGAGGAGCUGGUUAAGCAAGUUGUGUCUGCUAUCCGCUCAGGAGUGAACCCUGCAGGGACACUGACCAACCACAGCAGCCUGUGGGACCUGAGCUCUGCCUUCUUCUUCGCUGGGACUGUCAUCACCACCAUCGGUUUUGGGAACAUCUCUCCCCACACAGAAUGUGGAAGGAUCUUCUGUAUCAUCUAUGCGUUGCUGGGGAUACCUCUGUUCGGCUUCCUGUUGGCUGGUGUAGGAGAUCAGUUCGGCACCAUAUUCGGCAAGGGUAUCGCCAGAGUGGAGAAAAUGUUUGUGCACUGGAACAUCACUCAGACAAAGAUCCGGGUCAUCUCCACCCUUCUGUUUGUGCUGUUUGGCUGCCUGCUGUUUGUGGCGCUCCCAGCAGCCAUCUUUAAACACAUCGAGGGCUGGUCUGCGCUGGAGUCCCUGUACUUUGUGGUCAUCACCCUGACCACCAUAGGAUUUGGAGACUUUGUGGCAGGUGGCUCAGAAAUAGAGUACUUGGAUUACUAUAAACCAGUUGUAUGGUUCUGGAUUCUGGUGGGACUUGCCUACUUUGCUGCCAUCCUCAGCAUGAUAGGAGACUGGUUCAGAGUCAUCUCCAAGAGGACGAAAGAAGAGGUAGGAGAGAUCCGAGCUCAUGCUGCAGAGUGGACGGCCAACGUCUCAGCAGAGUUCAAAGAAACACGGCGACGUGUUAGUGUUGAGAUCUACGAUAAGUUCCAGCGUGCCACCUCGAUUAAACGCAAAUUGUCCUCUGACUUGGGAUCCAGUCCUGGCCCUGAGCUCACUCUGCCGAAGAGGACCGUGUUGGUCAAUUUCAACGAUGAACGAGACAGAAAUGAGAGGGAGGCUGGGCAGCAGGGCCUUGUGACACCUCCGGCUAGAAAUGGCGGUUUGCUCAUCAACGGUUUGGACCCAGAGAGAGGAGACAACUCAGUCACUGAACACCUCAAGUAG